GAGAAGCACAAGUUGCUGGUGAAGAAAGUGGAACCAUGGAAUAGUGUUAAAGUGACUUUAACUAUUCCUAGAGAGGCAGCCAGCAGACUCAGGCAACUAGCUCAUAAUGGAAAUGAUUCCUUGCGGCAGAUGGGAAUCCUGUCUGUGCAAAUUCAAGGAGAUACACAAAUUUCUCUUACCCUGGCUGGCCGAAACAAUGAACCUACAGAGUUUGUUUUACGCACCCCGUCAGCUUUACCCAUUAGCACUGUGAGUUCAGAACCUGGUUUUUCAAUUCCAGAUGAACUUGGUUCCUCUCCAGGUCCUAAUGCGGAUGAAGUGACAAGGAAAAACAUUGUUGACUAUUUGAGGCAGGGAUCCGCAUUGCGACCAAAUGCUUCCCUUUUUGAUUCAAUAUUGGGAGUGGGGUCUUCAUCGUCCACAGGGCUUGGCAUAGGUCUGGGGAUUUCCCCACACUCGACAGGGUUCCCAGGCCCUCCAGUACACACCUCCUCAUUCAGACCUAAUAACAUUUCUAACAUUGCAGUGCAGAGUUCAGGUCUUAGGGGGUCUGCAUUAAGCUUUCCUUUCAAUAAAUCUACUGGAGCUUUUCAUCCUCCAAUCCCCCGCCUUCCUGUUUCAGCAGGUCAGUCGAAUUUAGUCCCCAAGCUCACACAGCAAGGGAACAGACCUGUGGGGCAACCGGGUGCCUUGGGUUUUCAAGUAAGCCACACUGUUAAUGCAACCAGCCAACAGUCCUUACCACCUAGUGUCCAUAGCUUCAGCCCUGUGGGGCCAUUGAGACAUCCAGCAUCUUUAAGUCCUAAUUUCCAUUCCCAAAAUUCUCUUAUACCACCAACCCUUUCAGCCUCCCCUACAUCGAACAUGAUGAUUGACCUUCCCCCACCUCCCCCAUAUCCUCAUAACAAUAGUUCUAGGCCCGGAAAGCCAGUAACAGCUUCCAGUCCCCUCUUGGUUAAUUUGCUACAGACUGAUCCUUUAGUGGUGGCUGCUGGAAUGGCAAGUGGCAACCCUAAUAAACCCAUAUCAGUUGGAGACCCUGGACCCCCUCCCAAAAAGAAAAAGCGUUCUAAGAAAUCAAAAGAUGGACAUGUUAAACCCUUUUCUGUGACUGACAACAUGGCCAGCAGCAAGCCUGUUUUCUCUCAUCUGCUCUCCAACUCGGGUACAGACUUAAAUCGGGUCAUCAGGGUGCCUGAUGACAGUGGAACACUUAAUUUGCCCACAUCAUUUAACAUGAAAGACUCAUCUGUUGAACUACAAUCCAGGGCAGGAUCACAACCUGCUAGUCAUAUACCAGAUUCCUUCAUACCCAGUUUUCGCCCUGACAGUAAACCUUCAUUUUCAGCCGACCGUCCUUUCGGUGAAAGUCACAAGGAUAAUCUUUCUUUUUACAAAUUUCAGCUGGAAACCAACAGUAGAAGUGCAAUAGGAACUGGCAACACGAGCUCUAAACUUUCAGAUUCAAAUGGGAGUGAUCAGCUACCGAAGGAUUUGAAAGAUUUGGACCCUUUCACAGUGGAAAAUGCAGCAGGGAAGAUUGUCAAUCCUUACACUGGAAAGCUAGAACCGAGAGACAGUAGUGUUGAAACUGGUCAGGUUCGAGCUAAAGACCAACCUGGCCAUUCUCAGGGUGAUAAUUUCGCUACUCAAAUCCUUGCAAGGAAGGCAAAAGAAAUUGAGGAGUUGAACAAAAUUAGUGUGCCUAGUAGUUCAUCCCAAAUGUCAGAUGUUCAUGUCAGAACAGUUAGUCCUACCCCUCAUCCCUUUUCCAAUUCUACUGCUGGUUUUGUGCGCUCAGGUGGAUCUUUUCAAGUUUCAAAUGAGAGGCUAACGUCAUCAAUUCCUAUUCAUCGUCGCAAUUUAAUAAGUGAUGGUUCUAUUCACAAUAUGAAAAGUUCAGCUCAGUCUAGUAUCUAUGCAGUGACUUCAAGGCAGGAAAUAUUUGGUAAUAUAGCAGAACCAUCAUUGUCACAUUCUAUAGUAAAUACAUCACUGAAAGUUGCAUCUGGUAAAAGUGCAGUUGUUCAAAAAGACUUACCUUCAACACCUUCCCCUGUAAAUGGACCGGUGUUGAGUGGGAAUGUGUUAAGGCACAAUGUGAUUCCGUCACAGAAUGAGCUUAUUGAGACUUCUUCAUUGACUUGUGGAUUGCCCUCUGCUCCUUCGGGAUCUGUGAUUUACUCUUCAAGUUCUUCUGUUUCACUUCAGAUUUCACAAGUUAGUUUUUCUCAACCUCAAAUUCAUCAGGCUGUGUCCAUUUCUCCAGCCAGUGAAUCAGCAUCACCUGCAUUAUCGAGAAGUCGACCCACACCCUCAUAUCCAUUGCUACACUCUACUAAACCAUUUUCUUCACCAUCUUCAGCUGUGGCUCAUGCAACAUCAGACAGGACAGCAUCAUUGUCUUACACACAGCAUCAGGCAGCAAGUUCUGAUAUGAUUGGUAGCGUUCAUGCCACCAAAUUCAGCUCUUCUCAUUUGCUCAAUUCUAUAUCUGAAAAACAUAUGGACUCUCAGAGUAGCACAGAAAGUCCACAUGAAAAGGUUUCUUCAGAAGGAGACGAGAACUCCAAUCAUAGUGGCCUAGCUACUGACUCUCUACCAGAACAUUCAGGCACUACUGCAUUAUUAGAACAUGCUGGAGUGAAAAUUGAAAAUCAUGACUCUGGUAUUGGGAGUUCAUCAGAAAGAUCAGAUGAUACUCCGUCUGAACCUGGUGAUGAAUUUCGUUCUGGCCAUGCAGGAACAGAAAAUGAUGAAUCAAACAUCAAAGCCCAGUCCACAAAAUCAGCAAACUGCAAGCUGGAUUCAAAAUUGACUCCCAACACCAUCACAGUAGGUUACAUGAUAAAUCCAGGGGAAAGCGCAUCUCAUCCCAAAAUGUCCUUGCCUAAAUAUAACAGUCACAUGAAUAAAAAGACGGUAACAACCCCAUCACGGAUUGCAUCAACAUCUGAUAUUUCACAAUUUUUGGACACUCAAAGCAAGACCUUGGAUCACCAUAGUGGUCAACAAACGUCUGCAUCUGUCAGUUGGGUAACGGAUAAUAAAAUUCACUUCAACAGCAGCUCUUCAGGAAAGGCAAAGGAGAAUGGCCCUACACCUGAAGACAUGGUAUGUUUUUGAUAACAGAUGAAUAUAGUAUUUGAAAUGAUUAAAUAUAAGUAAUUUUAUUGUUUCAUUAAUUGGCAUGUAAAAAGUCUAUGGAUCAUAAAUAUUGUUGAAUUAUUUUGAAAUAAAAAGUUUCUGAGCUAUAAAAGUUGUAUGACUUCAUGAAAAUAAAGCUUGCAUUGUCAAAAUGAUAACCCAAACUAUUUUAACAGUUACUCAGUUCUAGGGCCAAAUAAUAUAUUUAUGAUUUACACCAUGUUUCAAUUUAAAAAUUUUAUAUUUUAAAUAAUUUUUAAAAGUUGUAUACUUAUGCCAAUGUCUGUAUAGUUUUAUACGUCCGCAUGCAAUAUUUUUUGCUGAAAUAAAUUAAUAAAUCUCACCAACCAAAGCCUAAAUAAUCACUAAAGGUACAUUCACACUGCAAAUUUGUUGGAGCCACAAAGCUCAGAGGUGAAUCCAUGUUGAGAAUCCAUGACACAGAUAUCGCACAUUGGUGUUCACAUUGAGCUGGCACAACUAUGGCAACUGAUGCAUAACUUUUGUUUAUAGUUAUCAGUUUUAAAUAUUAAAAAAAAUAUUUUGUAAAUGCUCUGCCACCUGCUGCUGCAUGUUUCUGUACAAUCUUUUCUCACCUACUCCCAUGAAAUCAAACUUGAAAUUUGCUUCACAAAUUUUAAUCUUCAAACAACAAAAUAUUGCUACUACCGUUUAUAUAAUUUACAAGCAAGUCAGAUUAUUUUAAAUAUCUCAUAUUUUUUAAUGACCACUCCAUUUUCUGACUGCUAUACCACUAACCCAUCAGUUGAAAACGCACACCCACUGAGAAAAAUAUGGCGCUACUGCGUCUGUAUAUUGCCUACACUAAAAAAAAACCUGUGAAAAUGAAACUGUGUCCCUGAUUUUGUUGCAGCAAGUGGCGCAUGGUCACAAAGUUGAGACUUGAAGAAACAAAGCCCAAGUGUGAACAUACUUUUAAAAAAUUUGCUCUAUUUUUUAAAUAUUUUUUGACCUGUGUUUAAAACAGAAAGAAAGAAAGAAAAAAAUACAACACUGGAACUAUGAAAACUAACUGGCAUGAUCUGUAUCUCAGUAAAUAAAUAUACAUACCCAGUAAAAUCACUGACUUAUUAAUGAUUUUUUCCCUCUAUAUAUUGAUGAUAUAAAUUAUUGUAUAUAAAUUAUCCCAAGACAAUGGGUUAGCAGUGGUAUUGCUAGUAAACUGCCAUGGGAUUAAUAUGAAGGAAAAGAGCUUCUCCAGGUCAUUGAGUAUCAUUCUUUUUUAUUUCAGUAAUCAUUUUUCUUAUUUCAAUUAAGGUUAUUUAGUUAUUUCCUUAAAUUGUUACAUUUAUUUUAAGCAUUUCUCCAUGAAUUCUCCAUCUAAAAAUUAAAUUUUAAAUAUAAUCAUCAAAUCAAAUUUUGGUUAUCAUGAAUAAUAAUUUUUUUUGCAAAGCAAUGUGGAAUAUUUUUUGUAGAAAAAAGGAAUUUUGCUGCUCGUUUAUUUUUUUAAACAUUUUUGGUAGUGUUUCUAAAUUUGUCUUAUUUGCAAAUAAGUUUAAAAAACAAUAUUUGCAACUAUAUUCUCCUUUCAAAUAAGAAAAAAAAGCAAGAAUCCCAUUUUACUUGGGGUAGUUUCUUUGGUUUUGGGGAUAUUAACAUUAACUAUUUUGGUUUAUGAAUCUUUACAGGGUAAAAUAAAAUCUAUUGACAUUAUAUAUUAAAGUUUGUGUUUAAAGAAAUUUAAUUUAAUUACAUUUGUUAUUUUCAUUUGAAGGUGAACAUUUUAUUUUCAUUUUUAAUACCAAGUCAAAAAUUUAAUGGGUGUAGAAUGUAAUUAAAUGUUCAAUAAAUUGGUCGGUGAUCAUUUCUUAAAUUAAAUUUCAACUUUUCAAUGAAGUUUUAAUUAUUUUCCCAGAUGCUUUUUCCUUUCACCAUUUUAAUAAUUAUAGCUUUAAAAAAACACAAAAAAUGGGCUUAUAUACUAUUCAGUGUAUAAUAUGAAAAAUGCUUGUUUAAGGUUAAUAUUUUAUUUCUUGAACCUCAUCAGGACAACAUUCACACCCAGAAAUUGAAUGGUCCUUUAGCAGCAGGCAAUAUUGAUAAAAUGAUGAUUAGUGUCAAUGACUCCCAGCAAAAGAAGUUCAGAAGCUCACCAAAGCAGCUUAGUAAGAAAGGUAUUUUUUUUUAAUUUCCAAUGUCUUUAUAUCUUUAGAGAGUUUGGUCUUCUAAAGAAAUUAACAAAAAAAGAGAAGAAAAAAAAACCCAUCUAGUUACUGUAUUUGGGUUAAUAACUGUAUUUUAUUAGGGUGGGGAAAAAAGCUUUACAAUUACAAUACUUAUUUUGACCUCAUUUGUUAUGUAAAUGGAACUUACUGUUUGUAAAGGAUCCACAUAUACAUGUUAUUUAUUUUAAAAAAUUUCACUGCAGUGUGUUUUAAGUAUCAUUUCUAAAUUACUUAAUCAUGUCUUUAAAUAAAAAAUGACUAAUUAUAAAGUAUCAUUGCCCAGUGAAAAAUAUUUUCAAUAAUUUUUAAAAAACUAUUUUAAAUUCUUUUUAAAAUUUAAGAUGAUAUUUAAUUUUUACAAUUUACACAAAGCUACUAAUAUAAAAUCAACUAAUUUUCUAUCAUCUUUUGAAUGCAGAUAUAUCUACUGAGCAUAUUAAACUUCAAGCUGAGGUCUUUGAGAAAAUGAGUAAACUCCAUCAGUUUGCAGAGUCCACCAAAAUUACUGCUGAGAUUGGCACUAAAGGAAACAGUUUAGAAAAAGCAGAUUCGCCGGAUUCGCUGUCGCGGACAGGCGGUCCAGAGGAGCGAGCAGACAGCCUCUUUUUUGACAUGGAGGAAUUGGUUAAUGGGAAAACUACUCUAGGCAAUGGAGGAGUUGGAGGAAACAAUAUCACUUCCAUCUAUUCAAAAAGAUCCUCCCCGGUCAAUGUCAACAUGCUUAACCACAUUUAUGCUCCAGGCUUACCGCUUCCCCGCCGUCUCACAGAGUCUGUGCAGAGGCUCGUGAAACCUCUGCCAGCUUCUGAGUCAUCUGUGACUAUUCCUCAUGUGCGGACAUGCAAGUCUCCUGCUGCUGGAACUCCUCCCAGGGCAUCAUCUGGAACCAAUGGUCCCACCACAUCACGUAUGUCUCUUCAAAGUGGCACUCGUUCACCGGGGGCAAGUAUGCCAAAGCUGGUACCUAGUGAUAAACACUCUCUCUUGUCUGGUGGAUUAGACCUUGCGGGACUCUCUGCCCUUCCGUACACAUCUGGCCACAGUGGUGAUGGUGUCCUUGUCAAUUGUAAGUCUGGGGUUCCUCUUCUUGCAGCAGAUGUGCUUCUAAAAGAUUCAAUCUCCGCACCAAACCCUCAUUCGCCUCCUAAACUUGCCUUAGACACCAAAACAUACAGUGGGAAAAUGCUGUCUAAGAGUUAUCCUCCACACAAGGCUCGAGAAAUAUCCUCUAACAGCAGUCACUUUCAUCAUGACUUCAGAGAUCAAAGUAAUACAGCACAAAAUAGCCAGUCCGCUUUGUUUUCCUCUAAGUCAAAGUUUGAAACACCUUACCUUUCUUCUCAAGACUCAAGAGUUUCUCAGUGUAACAUUAAGAGCCAGGAGCAUAAGGUGUCUGCUGCAACCAAAGUUAUUCAGCUUGAGAUGGGGAGCAAUCAUGUGACAGCAACUGUCUCAGACAAUAGUUCAGUCCUUUCGAGACUGGCAGCGCAGCCCCUUGCUGCCUCCGAUAAUGCCCAUUCCAGUCAUGACAAUAAUGGUGCAGGUGCUGCAGCAAGCAUUCUCACCAGCCAUUCCAAUGCAUCUUCCCCAAUUAUGCCCAUCUUGCAACAGGGGCAGGAGCCAGUAGUGAACUCAGCCAUUGGUGUACCCAGCAUUUCUAGUCAUUCUCCCUCCAUCAGCUCACCUCAAGAGAUCUCACAGGUUUGUAUUGGCAGCAGCAUACCUUCCACCUCUAGUGCAGCAGUGUCAGCACUUUAUGUGCCUUACCCCAGUAGCACAUUGAGCACCACAGACAGUGCCACAGCAACUAAAUUAACUUCUUGUAGUUCCCCUGGACCUUUACCAACAUUGUAUCCCAUGUCAGCUGCAAGCACUGUUGCUGCUGGAAAACAUGAAACAACUUUGGUCGCAACCCAGUCUUGUCUACCAACAUUAAAAGCCUCCUCGGAUUUGUCGUCUCCCCCAAAGCUGACUAAAGUAUCACUGCCUUUAAAUCCCUUUCCCUUAUCACCAAGGACAGGCUCCCAAUUUAAUAAUAGAAAUUUAUUUGAAAGCGUUUCUGGGGCUCUUGUAUGUGACAAUAUUCAAAGUGGGCCACUAACAUCUCAUUUGAACCAAUCUUCCAUUAUGUCCGCUAGCUUAACGAAGGCCACAGAAUCCACUUCAGAGUGGAUAUCAAGGACGAUGAGGCAGAAGCUUCCUGAGACAGAGGGUAACACUCUGCCACCGGGUUCCUCUCAGGCCAACAAAGCGGAUGUAUCCAAGAGUGUGAGUUCUGUUAAAACAACUAAUUCCUCAAGUGACUUAACUAGUUCAGCUGCAUUAGUGUGUAGUAAAACAAAGGUUUCUCUGGCCUCAGUUCAAAGCUCCGACACAACGGUGGUGUCUAAGUCAACAAAUAAUUCAAAGGAGGAUUCCUCUGUGGAUGAGUCUAAAACACAUGACUCCCAGGAGUCUUCAUGCCCUCAGGCAGGUCAAACAACUACCUCAUGCAAGCCUUGUCCUGAAAUUACCACUCAAAACUGCACAGAUAAUGUAGCUGAAACGAUUGCUUCAGUUGCAGCAGGAACUGAGAAGAAUACACCCAAGGGGCCAACAUCUUUGUCUACAGUUAAAGAUCCUAUUUUGGAAACAUUUGCUUCAACGUUGGGGACACAGUCCUCACCUUACACAAAAUCUGUUGCUUUGUCAUUAGGGGAAAAUAAGACUUCCUUGCCGGUUGACAAGGCUGAGGAAAAAACAACGGGAGAAAAAUAUGCGGUUAGUGAUUGUAAAAUGGUAACGGUUGAGAGUAGUCCAUCAAAGUCACUUGACAUAAGUGUCAAGUCCCUCACCAAUGUAGAGCCACAAAUGUCUGAUGCCAGCAGUUUAGAAGCUUCCAUCAGGAGAGUAACAAGGAAAAGGAAGUCGACCCAUAGUGAGGGAGAUGCUGAAAGUGAAACAUCUUCUAGUGAAUCUACUCCUACGAAACAGCCUGCUAGUGCAAGUCAUGUAAAAACCCUAAAGAAAACAAUCUCUUCUGGUCCAAGUUCUCAUUCUAAAAUGGAAUCUGCAAGCAAGCCUUUUAAAGAUGUCAGCACUUUGAAGACAUACUCUAAAGCUGCCAAUUUCGGUAAUGGCGAUCUACAGAACAAAGUUCUUAAAAUGUCAUCUGGACAUUCUCAGGAAGAUAAAGACAGUACACGACCUGCCAAACCCCGCAGGGCAUCUCUUUCGGAAGAUAAAGAGCAAACUGGUGCAAGAGAGGGAAGAAGAUCUGGCACAUCCUGUUCUUCAGACGAAUGUAGAUCUAAUCGAUCUUCUUCCAAUGAAAGUAAAGAGUCCACAAACAAGGAAAGUCGAACUAAUCAUAACACAGCUGACGGCGAAGGUCGCACACAGAAGACUGCUGAGGAUAAAGAAAUGCGUGUACAUCGGGCAUCAUCCAGUGAUUUCAAAGAGAGCCUUCAUAAAGAGAAUAGAUUCCUUGACAAGGAGGAUCAGAAAGAAGGACGUUCUCAGCGUGCAUCAUCUGCUGAUGACAUUAAAGCAAAAUCUGGACCUGUGAAGGAAUUAUUAGAUAAGUCUGCUGCACAAGACAAAGUGGGUGAAGAUGGCCAGAAGAAGAGUCAUCGUAUCAGACGACAGUUCUAUGCAUAUGUCCCUGAGAAAUCAAUUGAUCAGAGUAAGUGUUUCCCAUCUCCAGACUGCAUAUUUAACAAUUUCAAUGUUAAAAAUUCAUAUACCAGACACAUGAUAUAAUUUGUUUCUUUGAGCAGUUCUAACCUAAUUGAUAUCCUGAAAACAUUCUCAAUAGAUUUAACUGCAUACAUUUAUCUAAAGUAUUAGUGUAAACUGGCAUUUCAAAAUAUCUCUUUGAACAAAUAAUAUAGUUGGUCGAAUUAAACUGAAUGAAAAUCAGCUAAAAUAUGUCAUGAUUAUGACUGUAGUAGGCUUAUAUAAAAAAAUCAGCAUUUUAUCUUCUAACACAUCACUAAUCUUUUCACAGACUUUAUGUUUUAUUACUGAUAUAUACAAACAUUUUUUUUUCCUUAGACUGUAAAUUCACAGUCUACAAAAUACAUUGAUACAGUUAUUUAAAAAAUAUGUAUUUUUUUUGUUGUAAUGUUGACAAAUUUCAGUGAGUGUAUUAUUUUUUAUAUUAAUUACUUUUUCUCUCCCCGCUUUCUCUUUAGCUUAUUUUGAUACCCCAAUUUUGAGUGGACGAACACGUAGCAAAAACAAACCCACAGAUACCCAAGACACACAAGAUGGCUCUUCUAACAAUGAAUCCAAUCAUUUAGAACCUAAUCAGCUGGCAGCACCACCAGCACCAGGAAAAUCAGAGGGAAACCCUGAUAGUGCCGGGGCUAAGCGACCAACCCGAUCAGUUAGAACUAAAGGUGUGUGCUUUUAUUCACAUUUAAUAACUUUGAUUAAUGAUCAUUAAUCAAAGCUUCUUUUCAAAAUACACCUUGAACCUUGGACAAUCGCAAUAAUUGGUGCUGGCUGUAAAUGAUAAAGUUUUGCCUUAACAUGAACAUGCGUUCUGAACAUAUUUUGACAUUAUCCUGUGUGUUGAUCAAUUUAUAUGUUAGCAGUUUCAUUGAAGUUGCAGACCUGUUUACUCUUAAAUUUUGGUGUCCAAUGUAUGAUUUGAGAUGUCUUUUACACUUUUACGCCAAGACCCAUCAGAACUACAAGUUUAAGAGACCUGGUUGAAAAUAUAUACAUUCCUAUAUUUUUUUCAUAUUUAAACAUUUUUAAUUAAAAUGUGAAUCUACAGUUGUUAGUUUUAACUUGAAUUUGCAUUCUACAUCCAGCAGUGAAUGGAUCAAGAAAUAAGAUUGGUUGGGGACCAAUCCAUAAUUUUAUUACGUUUGCCCUGAGAGGAGAAGUGAUGUUGAUAAGAUUUUGUGUAAAAGGGGGAAAGGAUGUGUCUAAAUGUUUAAGUAUUAACAUCGCCACAGCCACAUUUUUGUAUAAUAUUGGGGGGUGUGGGUCACUUCAGAAAGUAUGCAAGUUAUUAAAAACUACAAUAUUCAUCCUGAAAGUCCAAAAAAUAGCUCAGAUAGAACUCAGUAGUAGAGGUAUUAAAAGUAAAAUUUAGUCCACCAUUUAUUCAAAAUGCAUGUGACAUUUGUUCAAAGUGCAUAUGACAUAUUUUGUUGGGCUACGCCAGUGGCUCUAAAAUUUUUGUUUUCCUACACCUAUGCCAAUUUUAUGUACUCACCUGGCUUCCUGUGUUAAAUUCUAACAAAUACACUUGGUAAUAGCGCAUACAUAAACAAAAUAAAAUAAAGGGUUGGGUAAAAAAUAAAUAUAACCCAUAUGUAUUCUAAACGUCAUCUAAUAACUGCAAACAUUAGUACUCAACUGUGUUACUAUUUGCACCACAACUGAAAUAUGACACAUUGGAUUAAAAGUGGACAUAAAAUAAUGAAGAUUUUGUAAUAUUUUCUAAGACCCCCGUGAGAAAGCAGCAGCAACCCAUGUAGAAAAAUGUGGACCCCAGUGGCAGAUCAGUUAAAGGACUAUUUUAGCGCCCCUUGUCUUUGUGAAGUAAACAGGAAUUUUAUAUUUGAAUUCACUAUGAAGAUCCUUUCAUAAAGACAAUUUUGGCGCCUGUUGCUCUUUGUCCCGUUCUCAUGGCCCAUGCUCAAUACCCUCCUUCCUUUCAUCCAUUUACAGCUUGUGGUAUUAUCGGACUGUAACAUUUUAACGGGAAAUAGGCAUAAUUGAUAUUGAUUCUUAUUUAUUAAAAAACAAAAUAUUUUCCUAAAAAAAUAAAUCUCCAAGUUACAUUUUAUUUUAUACUGAUCUGACUUCGAGUUUGAACCACAUUAAAUUUCACCAGUAACUUUAUUUUACCAGUGACGGACUGGGAUACUGUUAUCUGCACGUUCACGUAAAUAUUAAUUGAUAUCUAAAGCAAAACAAAGUGACGGCAGAUUCCAAUAUAAGCGUCAGUCAUGUACUUUUAGAAGUUACCUUUUUUGACGCUAGACACGCGAUGCAAGUAGUUAUUAUAUACAUUAUAUAUAGGGUAUGUUUAUUUACUAUAAAGGUACUUUAUUGUACGAUGUUUAUACAGUAUUGUACAAUUUUUGGUGUUCAAUGGUAAACAGGUCUGAAGUUGCGUAGGUUACUUGUUGAAUUUUUUUUGACAUUGCAUCAACUGUUGACCUUGCUGCUAAGAGUUUUCCAAAACUGCUAAGAGCUGUCAAUGAUCUGUAUGCUUAUUUGUCUCAACAAGUGUUCCGUAUGAAUUAAACCAUAUACAAGUAUCAAAAGAAAAAAAAAAACAACUAAAAGAAAAGAACCCACCUAAUUAUUGCUUGUUACAGUAAUAUCCUUCAAGUUCCAUCUUACUUUUUGAUUAUUGUUUUUUAUAUAUAUAUUUUUUUUUCCAGAUAACUCUCAGGAUCAAAGUGCAAGUAAACGACGCAAAGUGCAGCAACAUAGAUAGCAUCAUGUUGGGACUCCUAUGUUGAAUGUUACAAAUAACACUGAAAGCAGAGGUGGCUAUUAAUUGUGCCAUAGCAACAAAUAGGCCCAGCUUCUUAUUUAUUGAAAGUGUGACUGACUGAAGUAUGAACUUAGGGCUGAUCAGUUGAUAUAUAUAGAAUUUAUUUAUAUAUAAUUGCUGGUGUUAUUUGCAAUGCUAUCUAGUUGCUAGAAAUUGUUGUGCUUGUGGACAAGUUUGGUUUGGUUAUUGUCACUGAUGUUAUCUUGGAAAAACAGCAAACUGUCAUAUUCUUUAAUUGUCCAAACCAAUGAUCUUUAAUAUACGAUUGCUGUUAAAUUUCUUGAUCCCAUCUGGCAAUAAGAAAUUGCCCUAAUCUGUGAGUUAUUGAUUGGUCCCAUGUUCCAUAACUAUCGACAAAGAAAUAGAACACUAUUCAUUUAAGAAAUCACAAACCUGUUUUGUUUUUUAAAAAUUAUACACUAUUUACAGGAGAGCGACAGUAAAUGGAAAUAACAGAUAUUUGCACUUAGGAUCAGUACCUGUGAAAUUGAAAUUUAAUGUUCUUUUUUUUAUGUUACUUAUGAAUCUACAUUUGUGCUAGGAUGUUAUUUUACAGCCAUGUGUUUGCGAUUUUCACAGUACUCAUUUGUGUGUCUGGUACCUAUAACAUGAGCUUUGGUUUGUCUUUCCUCGAUUUAAUCUAUUGUUAAAUUUAAAACGAAAGGGUUAUGUCCUCAGUAAGUGGCAGUGGAGAUUUUUAUAAAAUCUUAUCUUUGAGGGAUAUCAAUUAAUUCAACUAUAAUUCAUAAAAUCUUCCUUAAGAUGUAAACUUUAUUUUUUAAAUUUAUUUUUUGUCAUUUGCUGAUAAACCAUGGACAGUAGUAACUUAAUUUUAAUAAAAAUGUUUUAUAUUAUAGAAAACAAACUUCUUGCAUCAGGAAAAGCAUUUGAAUAAGAAUGCUUGAAACGUCAAUGGCUGACCUAGGAACCAGUCAAUUAAAAAGUUGUAAAAACGAUUUAAUUUUUGUUUUAUUUUGACCACAAGUUUAAAUAAAUAACACCAAAAUCAGAAUUAGGCCUAUCAGUUUCAACAGCUAUAAAAAUUGAACUUUUUAUGUUAGUUCAAAUGAAAAUUUUGCAUGUUUUUUUUUUCCUAAGCUCUGGAAAGCAAAUAAAUAACCAAAUUUUUCCAAGAUAAAACUAAAAACUUAAAGGGGGUCAGAAUCAGUGAUUGUUUAAGAUUUAAACAGGCUGAAUGUUUCUAGCCCCUCUGGGCAUACACCUACAGACGAUAUUGCCUGAUAAAUGAUUUCAAUUAAGCCAGUUUUCAUUGUGCGUAUGCUAUGUUUGUGUGGGGUUAGAAUCCAAGCUAGUUAUUUGACUUGCUCUUCAUGGUUUAUCUAUGUACACAUAGAAAAAAAAUCAUUUCUAUUUUCAUACAAAUGUACAUACUUUUUGUUCAUGCUUAAGGUACAUAAACUCUUAAAUUAACAGGUUUGGUUCCAUGUUUUUUGUCCUGUGCAUUCAAACUGUAUUUGCACAUGUAUAAAUCUACGCAGAUGACUCAUAUGAAAAGAAUACAGAUUUUCAGAUGUCAUGUGACUUGUGAUAGUUCAUCUUCCUCACUUUUCAACUAACUUGUUUAAAUUGCCAAAUUUUUGUUUUAAUUCUGUUUCUUGCAUAAUCAUUAUGAACCAUAUGUUUGGAUGUGUUCUACAAGGUUUGGCUGGCAUGGAAUACCAGCAUGGGGCUUGGGGCUUAUUUAGCUACAGGUAACCUCAGCCUAUUUCCUCUAGCUGUUUCUAUGUGGUUGAUACUUCUGCCAUCUUAUUAAAUUUUACUAUGUAUGCUCUCCAAUAGCUAGUUAAUAAUUCAGGUUGAGUGUCAAACAGGAGAUUGUUUUUUUUAUUUCUAUUUUGCUGAAGUUUUAAGAAAAAAAAUGUGUCAGCUUCUGAACACAUCCAGUGACCUGUGGUUGAGCAAUAGGUAAACCACGGGUCAUCAAUACCUUUGAGAGAGUCCACAUAAAGUUGAUCAUUGUCUUCACAUGUUAGCCUUUCCAUUGAACAAUGUUAGUGUGUAUAUAUAUUUUCUCCAUGAUUUAAUAUGAUAAUUAGCAUAUAGAGCAAUUGUAUACAUCAACAGUUGUGAGUCAGUGCAUAUGUAAAAAAAAAAAAUUUGAUGUUGGUUUUGGUAGUUGUAAGUGCCUACGUGUCAACAUAUUGGACUUUGGCACAGUAAAUGAUGAAUUAAUGAUUUUUUAAAAUUUUAUUAUUUAUGUAGCAUGACAGAACUUCUGUCUAGGAUUUCUAAUUUGUACAAAUUCUUGUAGCAAUUGUAAAAUAAUCAGUCAACUGGUAGCCUAGCCAAUGAAAUUUGUGUGAUGUCAAGUUAAUUGUUAACAUUUUUGCCAUUAUAACAUAAUUUAUCAACACAAGAUACCCCCACCCCCCUUGAAACAUAAAUAAUUAAACAGGAAACCUAAUGGAAUGGUGAUUAUUGUACAGAUUUCCCCCCCUCCACCCCUUAUCAAAUAUUGAAAAAGAAAAGUCAUCUAUCAGAUUGACUUUGAUUAUGUUAUGAUAUUUUAUCAGAACAGCAGCAUCUAAAACAAGAUAUUAAUGCUGUUAAUCUCAUGUUUUUCUGUUAGAUCACAGCCAUUCACUUGUACAAUUAUCUCAUUUAACUUUUUUAUGUCAUGUUAUUCUAAGUAAUAGAUUUUACCAAAUUUUAUUGAAUUUAAGUCCUGAAAUGGGCGGGAAUGUACAAUAUAUAUAUAUAUAUAUAAUAUAUAUAUAUACUAUGUCCAGACAUAGGUUGAAUACGGCCAAUUUACUAUUGUUCAUACUUCAAUUUUUUUUUUGUUAAACCCUUUAAAGCCACACAUGUUAGAAACAUGUCAGGCUGGUACAUAGAUUGGCUAAUGUAAUGUAAUAAGUGGUGACCACCAUGUGUUAGAUGUGCCUGCAUUGGGUCCUCUGGCUGUAGUGAGGCAGGUGCAGCUAUUGUAGCAUACUGUAUAUAGCCAUCAUCAAGUUCAUCUCAUCUUUCAGAUACUUUCAUCAUUUUUCACUUGUGCACAUCUUUAGAAAUAACAAAAUAACUAAAAUAUGAC